CAGGCGCGGUCUGCGCGGGGCCUGGCGGGACGGCUGCGGAGAGCAGACAUGGCGGGGCUCGGUGCUGUGUCGCGGCUGCUGCGCGCCCGGCGCCUGGCGCUGACCCGUGCGCAGCGACCAGCAGCGCUGCAGGCAGGAGCCCGCAGUUUCCACUUCACUGUUGAUGGCAAUAAGAGGUCAUCCGCUAAGGUUUCAGAUGCGAUUUCUACGCAGUACCCAGUAGUGGAUCAUGAAUUUGAUGCAGUGGUGGUCGGUGCCGGAGGGGCAGGCCUGCGAGCUGCGUUUGGCCUCUCUGAAGCGGGGUUUAACACGGCCUGUGUCACGAAGCUCUUUCCCACCAGGUCACACACUGUCGCAGCCCAGGGAGGGAUCAACGCCGCGCUGGGGAACAUGGAGGAGGACAACUGGAGGUGGCACUUCUACGAUACCGUGAAGGGCUCCGACUGGCUGGGGGACCAGGACGCCAUCCACUACAUGACAGAGCAGGCCCCCGCCUCCGUGGUGGAGCUGGAGAAUUACGGAAUGCCAUUCAGCAGAACUGAAGACGGGAGGAUCUACCAGCGUGCCUUUGGCGGACAGAGCCUCAAGUUCGGGAAAGGCGGACAGGCCCAUCGGUGCUGCUGUGUGGCUGACCGCACCGGCCACUCACUGCUGCACACGUUGUAUGGAAGGUCUCUGCGCUAUGACACCAGCUAUUUUGUGGAGUAUUUUGCCUUGGAUCUCCUGAUGGAGAGCGGGGAGUGUCGAGGUGUUAUUGCUCUGUGCAUAGAAGACGGGUCCAUCCACCGCAUCAGAGCAAAGAACACUGUGGUAGCUACUGGAGGCUACGGGCGCACCUACUUCAGCUGCACAUCCGCCCACACCACCACCGGGGACGGCACCGCCAUGAUCACCAGGGCAGGCCUUCCCUGCCAGGACCUGGAGUUCGUUCAGUUCCACCCCACAGGCAUCUAUGGCGCCGGCUGUCUCAUCACGGAAGGGUGCCGGGGAGAGGGAGGCAUCCUCAUCAACAGUCAAGGCGAGAGGUUCAUGGAGCGCUACGCGCCCGUCGCCAAGGACCUGGCGUCCAGGGACGUCGUGUCCCGCUCCAUGACUCUGGAGAUCCGUGAAGGAAGAGGCUGUGGCCCCGAGAAGGAUCACGUGUACCUGCAGCUGCACCACCUCCCCCCUGAGCAGCUGGCCAUGCGCCUGCCCGGCAUCUCAGAGACGGCCAUGAUCUUCGCGGGUGUGGACGUCACCAAGGAGCCGAUCCCUGUGCUUCCCACCGUGCACUACAACAUGGGCGGCAUCCCCACCAACUACAAGGGGCAGGUUCUGAAGCACGUGAACGGCCAGGACCAGAUUGUGCCCGGCCUGUACGCGUGCGGGGAGGCUGCCUGCGCCUCUGUGCACGGCGCCAACCGACUGGGGGCAAACUCGCUCCUGGACCUGGUCGUCUUCGGCCGGGCGUGCGCCCUGAGCAUUGCGGAGUCCUGCAGACCCGGAGAUAAAGUUCCCUCGAUCAGACCAAAUGCUGGGGAAGAAUCUGUCAUGAAUCUUGACAAAUUGAGAUUUGCCAAUGGAAGCAUAAGAACAUCAGAACUACGACUGAACAUGCAGAAGUCGAUGCAAAAUCAUGCCGCAGUGUUCCGUGUGGGAAGCGUGUUACAGGAAGGCUGUGAGAAGAUCAGCAAGCUCUAUGGAGAUCUAAAGCAUCUGAAGACGUUUGACAGGGGAAUGGUCUGGAACACUGACCUGGUGGAGACCCUGGAGCUGCAGAACCUGAUGCUUUGUGCCCUGCAGACCAUUUAUGGAGCAGAAGCCCGGAAGGAGUCCCGCGGCGCUCACGCCAGGGAGGAUUUCAAGGAGCGGGUGGACGAGUAUGAUUACUCCAGGCCCAUCCAGGGGCAGCAGAAGAAGCCGUUUGAGCAGCACUGGAGGAAGCACACGCUUUCCUACGUGGACAUCGAGACUGGAAAGGUCUCCCUGGAAUACAGACCUGUAAUCGACAGAACUUUGAAUGAGGCUGACUGCGCCACGGUCCCCCCAGCCAUCCGCUCCUACUGAGGAGGCAGGAGUUUACCAGCUCUUGUAAUUAUGUAUAAUAGCUCACGCACGUGUUCGUAUCAUAACUGCCUUCCUAAACUGUGCCCUCAAGUGACUGAGGUUGCCAGCUGACUGAGAUUCCCACCAGAGGCCAGUAGGUGCCAGCAGUCAGCUUGCCUUCAUCCCGGCUUCAUUCAUGUGAAAUAAUAAAACUGGGUGCAAUUCUUAGAUGAAACAUAA